UUAGUGUUUGCAGUCAGUGUCAUUCUGGGUAAUAUUCAUGGCGGAACUCUGAGGAAGGCAUUAGCCAACCCAACCGUCUGAAUUGUAGUGGUGAAUGUUUAAUACGUAAAGCUAGUUUGUUAAUUUAGGUUCUCACCACUAUUUUCUGUACUUUGAAGUGUGUGACACCAAAUCAAAUAGUAGACAUGGCAGAAAGCAACGCAGAGCAGAACACUGACACAAAACAUGACAACGUUUCCUCUCCUGGUAUUUCAGAUCAAGAAAAAGAAAUGGCUUCAAAUGCUCAUGAAGCAUUCACGGCUGGAAAAUAUGAUGAGUGCCUGAUGCAUCUUGAAAGUCUUCAGGAUCUGAACAAGGAAGACUAUAAGAUCUCAAUGAAUAAGGCCAUUGCAGAGUUCUAUAAAAGUGGCCAAACCACAACUGGAACCUUAAAGCAGACUUUGAUGACACUGAAAAGCCAGGUUCACACAGCUGUGGAAGAUAUUGAUGGUUUAGAUGAUGUGGAGAACAGCAUAAUGUACUACAAUCAAGCUAUCAUCCACUACCACAUGAGGCAGUACUCUGAAGCUAUUGCAAUUGGAGAAAAACUCUACCAAUUUCUGGAACCCUUUGAGAAGUUUGCUCAGGCCGUGUGCUUCCUGUUGGUGGACUUGUACCUGCUCACCUUCCAGCCGGAGAAAGCCCUUCACUUGCUCGCCGUGCUGGAGAAGCUCACAGUCCAGGGCAAUAGCAAGAACGGCAAAGGAGAGGUGGCAUGUCGUCCCACAUGCAAGUUCUACAUUCACAGGGAUGCAGUAACAGAGGCAGCAGACCAGAUACAGAAUAGGAGCAGAGAGCUUACGGCAGGACAGAAUGCAAGCACAGGUAAAGACAACGCCACUCAGAAAGCUGAGUUCACCGCCAUGAUUGAGGCAGCCAAAUCAAAGAUGCAUCAGUAUAAAGUGCGAGCCUACAUUCAAAUGAAGUCCCUCAAGGCCUGUAAGAGGGAAAUCAAGUCUGUCAUGAACACAGCAGGCAAUUCUGCCCCCUCCCUGUUCUUGAAAAGCAACUUUGAAUAUCUAAGAGGAAACUACCGGAAAGCCAUCAAGCUCCUUAAUUCGUCGAAUAUUGCAGAGCACCCUGGUCCCCUGAAAACAGGAGAGUGUGUGCGCUGCAUGUUCUGGAACAACCUGGGCUGCAUCCACUUUGCUAUGGGGAAGCACAAUCUGGGCAUCUUCUACUUCAAGAAAGCCCUGCAGGAGAACGACCACACCUGCGCCCAGCUGGGCGAUGGCAGCAAUGGACAGAGUAAGAAGUUCACAGGCAUCCCCAUGUGUGCCCUCCUAGCUAACAAGCGCCAUGAGCUGCUCUACAACUGUGGCAUUCAGCUGCUGCACCUGGGCCGGCCGCUGGCUGCCUUUGAGUGCCUGAUGGAGGCGGUGCAAGUGUACCAUGCCAACCCACGCCUUUGGCUGCGCCUGGCAGAGUGCUGCAUUGCUGCCAACAAAGGGAGCUCUGAACAGGAGAACAAGGGCCUGCCCAGCAAGAAGGGGAUUGUCCAGUCCAUUGUGGGCCAGGGCUACCACCGUAAGAUAGUGCUGGCCUCCCAGUCCACACAGAACACAGUCUACAGUGAGGGUCAGUCAGCAGCCAUCCCUGUGGCCAGUAUGGAGUUUGCAGCCAUCUGUCUACGCAACGCUCUCCUGCUGCUGCCAGAGACCCAGCUGCCCGAGGCCAGAGAGCAGCCGCCCAGUACAGAGAGCAGCGCCGAGGGCACUGAUGCAGCAAGUGGGAAGGGCCAAGACGGAGAGAAGUUCAUCCCCGCUGCGCCGUCCUCACCUCUGAGGAAACAAGAGGUGGAGAACCUGAGGUGUUCUAUCCUAGCGUGCAGUGCUUAUGUGGCACUGGCGUUGGGGGAUAACCUGAUGGCUCUCAGCCACUCGGAGAAGCUCCUGUAUCAGCCCAAGCUGUGUGGUUCCCUAAAGUUUUUAGGGCACUUGUAUGCAGCGGAAGCGCUCAUCUCGCUGGACCGCAUCUCGGACGCCAUCGCCCACCUCAACCCGGAGAAUGUGACGGAUGUGUCACUAGGAGUGUCACCCAGUGAGCAGGACCAGGGCACUGAUAAAGGAGACCUGGAGCCAGUGGAGUCUUCAGGGAAGCAGACUCCUCUGUGUUACCCCAGCACUGUAACCUCAGCACGCGCCAUGAUGCUCUUCAACCUGGGCAGUGCCUACUGCCUGAGGAGCGAGUAUGAGAAGGCCCGCAAGUGCCUGCACCAGGCUGCAUCCAUGGUGAACACAAAGGAGAUUCCUCCAGAAGCCAUUCUCCUGGGUGUCUACUUGGAGCUACAGAAUGGCAAUACACAGCUAGCCCUCCAGAUCAUCAAGCGCAAUCAGCUCCUGCCAUCACUCAAGAGCACGUCAUCGCCAGACCUACGCAAGAAGCCGCCACCGUACCAGCCUGCCGCCCCCUUACAGCCCAUCCAGCUGCCCUCCAGUUUCACGCAGGUCCAACGCAAGUGACGCUCCUCCACCCCACCCAACGCACAACUGCUCCAACUGACCUCAAAGCCCCCUCCCCCACCCCCCAUGAAGGACCACAUCCAAAGUCUUGAAGAGAACUACAAGCAGCAGGGCCCGUUGCCCUUGAGCAGAAUGGCUGGUGGGGGGCCUUGUAUACAGUAUCUAGUUUGGGGUAUCAAGGAUAUGGAUGGCCAUUGUGGGAAGGAAAGAGUGCCCCCUGCCCCACCUCACCCCAACCCAACCCGGCAGCCUCCAUCAGAACUGGACUGCAGAGCUUUCGCUGGCCAUGUUAACUGUUCAACCUUUCUGUGGGGGAUUUAGAUGGGUCGUAUAACAAUAAAACAUUUACCCCACCUA